GGGAGGCUCUUAGACCUCAUAUCCUCUCCCCUCGGCUCUCAGAGGGAUGGUAUUUUUUUCUUCUUCUGAAAAAUUGGUUUUUUUUCGCUGUUGUUGUUAGAUGGAGAUGGAGAUGGAGAUGGAGAUGGAGAUAUGCUCUUGUCUUGGUGAAAGAAGGAUAUUCCUUGAUCUAAACGGUGUAAUUUUGUUCGCGGCAAUACUGUCGCGGUUAGUAUUGCAUCGUUUAGAUGAAGGGUAGUCUUUCUCUGAUCUUCAAAUCUCGCUUGAUACCUAAGCGGCCGGGUUCAGUAUUCGGUUGCUAAGAGGAUGGUAGCCGUAAAUCUGUGUGGCAGGAUGUGACAAUGAUAGAAAUCGGCCUGGAUGUAAUCGACGACAUGGCCGUAUUCAUUGAGAAAUCGCCCUGGUUUUCAGAUUGUUUUUGUCUAUUUUAUCCUUUUAUUAUUCUUAAUUGUACGAUAUAUGUAGAUAUAAUCAAAACAUAUAAAUUUUCACGGGAAAAUGGGAAAAGCACAAUGCAAUAUAAACCCAGGGAAAUCUAAUUAUCGCACAAAACACCGAGCCAUAUGAAUCUGCUUUGGGGUCAUUCGGGUCAUUAGUUUCGGGCUAACGGGUUGGUUGGAUUUAGCCGCUCUUCCUCUGUUUCCCCAAUUAUCAUCUUCUUCACCACUCCCUCUCGUGAUCAUCUUGAAAAAAAUCUUGAAUCGCCAUGGCUAAUCUGCAUUUUUCUGAAGAGUUUUUUUACCAGAAUAAAAAAGCGGGAUACAGGAUACACUUGGACGGAUAAGCCACAUGUGUUACCCCCUGUUUGGAACCAAAGCGACAUUCCUUCGUGCACAUCAUUCUCCAUGUGCGAUGUAAUGAGCUCCUGGUUUGUGAAUAAUGGGUUUCCCCCAGUGACAUUCUCGAGGGCUGAGAUGCACGCCGGUGCGAAUAAAGAUGGUGAGUCGAAUUACAUGAGGUGCGCCGCCUUCGCUGGAGUAUACGGCCUGAGAGAAGAGAUUUUUAAUCCGUACACGGGAAUCAAUCCAACCGCUAACAUAUACCCGCCCGGAACCAUGUUUUAUCUCCGUGAUAUGGUAACCACCAGUUGCCGGAAGGAAAUUCUGCAAAUGAUCAAGAAAGCUCCUGGCGUGGCUACGGUGCCCAUGUACAAGCGAUUCCGUCUUGCGGGUCGGCCAGGUGGCCCUGACCCGACAAAGAUUUAUGAACCGUCAGAGGGGGAUAUUGAGAAUUUUCUCUCCCUCCCACGAGAUAAAAGACGAUAUCAUUCUGUAGUGGUGGUUGGGUAUGGAUUUGAAAUCAGUUUUUUCCCUGAUGGGCAGCUAUGCGUUAAACCAUAUUAUCUUGUGAAAAAUCAUUGGUCGGACGACUGGGGUUACUUCGGUUAUCUCAAAGUUACCAUGAGUUUUCUUGAGCGUUCUUUUCGCGGCAGGCUUCGUUUGUUUUUCCCUCUUGAAGUAGGGUUAGAGAAAUCACCAAAUGCUGAUGCUUGGUUGGAAACAGCUUCUACUUGGGAAUCAAAUUACGAUGAAUUUAAAUCACAACCUUCUGAUUCUGACUUGGAGAUUUGGAGGUCUUCCAAGGCUUCCACAUCAACGGAUCCUACUUCUACCUCCUCCUUUCAACCUACAUGCGGCCUGGAAGCGGGAAUAUCUCAGGAUGAAAUGAAUGGUUACAUACACUACAAUGGGCAAUGUUAUCAACAGCAGGGAGCAGACAAUGGACAUGCUCACUCUAAUGGCCGAAGCGAGGGUUACAAUCGACACCCUAGAAGGGCUAAUGGUUAUCACAGCCAGAAUACCAUUCACGGGCGGAAUGGUGCUGAUAGCUUGAAGCCAUCUAGGAGAGACCCUAGUGGCACUGAGCAUAAUGGAAGUGAUCAGGGAGAGAGGAAAAUAAGAGGAGGCAGAAGAAUGAGUUCCAGUGAGGAUAAUCGACAUGAAAACAACUUGGUAGAAGGAGAUUCUGGGAGCAGUCAGGGAUUCUGCAACUUGGUAAAAAAUUAAUACAUUUGAAUGUUGACGUACUCAAUGCCAUUGUUAUAGGUUCCAAGUGGAUAAUUUUUUUUAUUAAUCAAACAGGGGUAGGUGUAAUUGGGAAUGUAUUUUUUGGGAUAGGUUCACCUGGGAAACAUUCAAGUCAUGAGAAGUUUAACAGAGCAUACAGAUCGAAUUAGCCCAACUCCAUUCCAACUCCAUUCACUCUCACUUUCUAGAGUAAUCCAGCAAAAAUAGAAUCUUGUUAGCUUGCAAGCUGCAAUCUCUGAAUAUAUUAAUACUCUCUCAUUUUUUACAGAAUAUAUAUAUAUAUAUGUAUUUCUUCACAAGCAACAGUCGGGUUGGAUCGUAGGGUGUAAUUUAUAGCGCACAGAGAGAAUGAUAGUAUAAACUAUUUCUUUUAGAAAUGUAAAUCGUAGAUUAAUAAAUAG